CCCAGCCCUGAGCGCGUUCCCGCAUCCCCGCGCACGCCCAGCCCCAAGCGCUCAGACCUCCGCUGCCGCUGCCAGCGCAGGAGAGGACAGCGUCCCGCCCGCCGCAACCCGGCGCGUAGCCAGGGAUCCAUCUCCGCCGCCCGCAGCAUCGUCCUCCUCUCUCCUCUUCUCUCUCUCCUCUUUCCCGUCUCUCUCUCUCUCUCUCUCUCUCUCUCUCUCUCUCUCUCUCUCUCUCUCUCUCUCUUUCUGUCGCUCGUUCACCCAGACCCUGGCUGGUCACCCUCGUCCCCAGAGUCGGCGUCCCCACCCUCUCCACCCGGACCUGCAUCCCGGCGGCCGGCGAGGGGCCGCGCAUCCGGCUGGAGAUGCGAAUCCUGCCGCGCUUCCUCACGGGCGUCCAGCUGCUCUGCGUGUGUCGCCUGGAUUGGGCUUAUGGAUACUACAGGCAACAGAGAAAACUUGUUGAAGAGAUUGGCUGGUCCUAUACAGGAGCACUGAAUCAAAAAAAUUGGGGCAAGAAAUAUCCAACAUGUAAUAGCCCAAAGCAGUCUCCUAUUAAUAUUGAUGAAGAUCUUACACAAGUGAAUGUGAAUCUUAAGAAACUGAAAUUUCAGGGUUGGGAAAAAGUGUCUUUGGAAAACACAUUCAUCCACAACACUGGGAAAACAGUGGAAAUUAAUCUCACUAAUGACUACCAUCUCAGUGGAGGACUUUCAGAAAUCAUGUUCAAGGCGAACAAAAUCACAUUUCACUGGGGAAAAUGUAACAUGUCAUCUGAUGGGUCUGAGCACAGUUUAGAAGGACAGAAGUUCCCCCUGGAGAUGCAAAUCUACUGCUUUGAUGCGGACCAAUUUUCCAGUUUUGAGGAAGCAGUUAAAGGAAAAGGGAGGUUAAGAGCUUUAUCCAUUUUAUUUGAGGUUGGAAUAGAAGACAAUUUGGAGUACAAAGCAAUUACUGAUGGAAUAGAGAGUGUUAGUCGUUUUGGGAAGCAGGCUGCCUUAGACCCAUUCAUCUUGCUGAACCUUCUGCCGAACUCAACUGACAAGUAUUACAUUUACAAUGGUUCAUUGACAUCCCCUCCCUGCACAGACAGUGUUGAAUGGAUUGUUUUCAAGGAUACUGUUAGCAUCUCUGAAAGCCAGCUGGCUGUAUUUUGUGAAGUUCUUACAAUGCAACAGUCUGGGUAUGUCAUGUUGAUGGAUUACUUGCAGAACAAUUUUCGAGAACAACAGUACAAGUUCUCUAGGCAGGUGUUUUCCUCGUACACUGGAAAGGAAGAGAUUCAUGAAGCAGUGUGUAGUUCAGAACCGGAAAAUGUGCAGGCCGACCCUGAAAACUAUACCAGCCUUCUUGUGACGUGGGAAAGACCUCGAGUCGUUUAUGACACCAUGAUUGAGAAGUUUGCAGUUCUGUACCAGCAGCUGGAGGGAGAAGACCAAACCAAGCGUGAAUUUUUAACAGAUGGCUAUCAAGACUUGGGUGCUAUUCUCAAUAAUUUACUACCUAAUAUGAGUUAUGUUCUUCAAAUAGUGGCCAUCUGCACUAAUGGCUUAUAUGGGAAAUAUAGUGACCAACUGGUAGUCGACAUGCCUACUGAUGUUGCUGGACUUGACCUAUUUCCUGAAUUAAUUGGGACUGAAGAAAUAAUCAAGGAAGAAGAAGAAGAAGAAGGAAAAGACAACGAGGAAAGCACUGUUCUGAAUCCUAGUCGAGACAGUGCCACAAACCAGAUAAGGAAAAAGGAAUCCCAGGUUUCUACCACUACUCACUAUAAUCGCAUAGAGACUAAAUACGAUGAAGCAGAGACUAAUCGAUCUCCAACAAGAGGAAGUGAAUUCUCUGGAAAGGGUGAUGUUCUCAACACAUCUCUGAAUUCUACUUCCCAACAAGUUGUUGAAUUAGAUGUAGACAAAGGACUUUCAUUGCCUUCUCAGACUGGGACAGAAUUGCCAACACUCACUAUGGAAGGUACAUCAGCUUCUUUAAACGAUGGCUCUAAAACUCUCCUUGUAUUUCCACAGAUGAACUUGUCUGGGACUGCAGAAUCUUUAAACAUGGUUACUAUAACAGAAUACCAAGAGCUGUCUACUGACAUCAGUGAGGAAGAAAACUUACUGACUAAUUUCAGGCUGGAUACAGGAGCUGAUGAUUCUUCGGGUUCCAGCCCUGCAACCUCUACUCUCCCUUUCUUCUCUGAUAAUAUAUCCCAUGGAUAUACAUCAACUUCGGAAACCCCUGAGGCAAUUACACACAACAUCUUUAAGCCAGAAUCUGCCAGAAAUGCUUCAGAAGAUUCAGCUUCGUCAGGUUCAGAAGAAUCCCUGAAGGAUCCUUCUUUCGAUGGGAGUGUGUGGUUUCCAAGCUCCACAGAUGUGACAACACUAUCCGAGGUUGGAUCCGGUAGAGAGAGCUUUCUCCAGAUUAACUCCACUGACAUACAGAUUGAUGGAUCCAGGGAGACAACUGAGUCCUUUUCUGCAGGUGCCAUGGUGUCCCAGGGCCCCUCAGUCACAGAUAUGGAAAUGCCACAUUAUUCUACCUUUGCCUACCUCCCAACUGAAGUAACACCUCACGCUUUCACCCCUUCCUCUGGACCACACCAUUUGGCUCCCACCAUCAGUGUGCUCCACUCACAGACAACUCAACCGGUAUACAAUGGUGAGACACCUCUUCAACCUCCCUACAGUAGUGAAGUCUUUCCUCUAGUCAUCCCUUUGUUGCUUGACAAUCAGACCCUCAACUCUACCCCUGCUGCUUCAAGUAGUGAUUCGGCCUUGCAUGCUACGCCUGUAUUUCCCAGUGUCGAUGUGUCAUUUGAAUCCAUCCUGUCUUCCUAUGAUGGUGCACCUUUGCUUCCAUUUUCCUCUGCUUCCUUCAGUAGUGAAUUGUUUCGCCAUCUGCAUACAGUUUCUCAAAUCCUUCCACAAGUUUCUUCAGCUGCUGAGAGGGAUAAGCUAUCCUUGCAUGCUUCUCUGCCGGUGGCUGGGGGUGAUUUGCUAUUAGAACCCAGCCUUGCUCAGUAUUCUGAUGUGGUGUUGCAUCAGACCACUACUCAUGCUGCUCCAGAGACAUUGGAAUUUGCUAGUGAAUCUGGUGUCCUUUAUAAAACGCUUAUGGUUUCUCAAGUUGAAACACCCAGCAGCGAUGUUAUGAUGCAUGCAUAUUCUUCAGGGCCUGAAUCUUCUUAUGCCUUACCUGAUAAUGAGGGCUCUCAACAUGUCUUCAGUGUUCCUUACAGUUCUGCGAUACUUAUGCAUGAGUCUGUCGAUGUAUCUGAUCAGGGGUCCUUACUUAGUAGUCGUAGCCAUAUACCAAUGCUUAAGUCCUCAUUCAUAACUCCAACUGUAUCAUUACUGCAGCCUACUCAUGCCCUUUCUGGUGAUGGGGAGUGGUCUGGAGCCUCCUCUGAUAUUGAAUUGCUUUUACCUGACACAGAUGGGCUGACAGCUCUUAACAUUUCUUCACCUGUUUCUGUAGCUGAAUUUACAUAUACAACGUCUGUGUUUGGUGAUGAUGAUAAGGCACUUUCUAAAAGUGAAAUAUAUGGAAAUGAGACUGAACUGAAAAUUUCUUCUUUCAGUGAGAUGGCUUACCGUUCUGAAAGCACAGUCAUGCCCAAGAUAUAUGAUACUGUAAAUAAGUUGAAUGCUUCUUUACAAGAAGCCUCUGUUUCCAUUUCUAGCAUAAAUGGUAUGUUUCUGGGGUCUCUUGAUUAUCCUAUCACUAAGGCUUUUGAUCAUGAGAUUAGUCAAGUUCCAGAAAAUAACUUCCCAGUUCAACCUACACACACUGUAUCUCAAGCAUUUGGUGACACUUGGCUUAAACCUGUGCUUGGCACACACUCAGAGCCAGCAUCCUCCGAUCCUGCUUCUGGUGAAGUGUUACCUCCUUCAACACAGCUCUUGUUCUAUGAGGCUUCAUAUCCUCUUAAUACUGAAGUAUCACUGCAACCUUCCUUUCAGCCUUCUGACGUUGACACCUUGCUUAAAACUGCUCUUCCACUUGUGCCUAGUGGUCCAAUAUUGGUUGAAACCCCCAAGGUUGAACAAAUUAGUUCUACAAUAUUGCAUCUUUUGGCAUCAGAUUUUGCUCCAAGUGAAAACGUGCUGCACUCUACAUCUGUACCGGUUUUUGAUGUAUCACCUUCUAACACACACUCCUCUUCACUUCAAGGUUUAACAAUUUCUUAUGCAAGUGAGAAAUAUUUUGAACAAGAUUUGCUUAAAAGUAAGAGUUCCCAGCAAGUGCUACCUUCUUUGUACAGUAAUGAUGAGUUGCUCCAAACUGCAUCUUUGGACAUUAGCCAGGCCUUUCCUCCAAAAGGAAAGCAUGCAUUUGCUACGCCUGUUAUCUCAAUCGAUGAAGCCCCCAAUACACCUGUAAAUAGGCAUGUAUAUUCUGAGGAAAUUUCCAUGCUUACUGAAAGUUCUAUUGCUGAUGAGGUAUUUGCUGGCAUCCGAACUGUGGUUUCUGAUGCACUUGUACCUACUGACCAUUUUGUUCCUUUAGGAAAUGGGGUCAUGACAACUGUUUCUCUCAACAGAGGUGGUUUUGUGACCACAACCACGUUGCCACUUCCUUCUGAAGUUACUUCUAUGCCGACUCAUACUGCCAGAUCUGAUGCUGAUUUAGUGGGUGGUGGUGAAGAUGGUGAUGAUUAUGAUGAUGAUGAUUAUUAUGAUGACAGAGAUAGUGAUAGUUUAUCCAGGAGUAAGUGCAUGUCAUGUUCAUCCUAUAGAGAAUCACAGGAAAAGGUAAAGAAUGAUUCAGACACCCAGGAAAACAGUCCUGUGGAUCACAGCGACACAAUUUUACAUUCACUAUCUGAGACUUCAGAAGAACAAAACAAAGGCAUGGGUAUAACUACUAAGGACAAAAGUCCUGAUCAGUCACCACCAACAAACAUGCUAACGCAGAAUCACAGUAACGGAAAAGAGAGCAGUGAUGUUCAGACUGGUGGUGCUCUCGUUCCUGUCACCUCAGACUCUAAAGCAUGGGCUGUUUUGACAAGUGAUGAAGAGAGUGGGUCCGGGCAAGGCACCUCAGAUAGCCUUAAUGAUAAUGAGACUUCCACAGAUUUCAGUUUUCCAGAUGUUAAUGAAAGAGAUGCUGGUGGUUUCCUGGAAGCAAGUGACUCAGGCAUAGCUCCUGGAUCUCCACAGUCCUCAACACCAUCUGUGACUAGAGGACACUCAGAAGUAUCCAACAAUUCAGAGGCAGAGGCCAGUAAUAGUAGCCAUGAGUCUCGUAUUGGUCUAGCUGAGGGGCUGGAAUCUGAGAAGAAGGCAGUCGUGCCCCUGGUGAUCGUGUCAGCCCUGACUUUUAUCUGUCUAGUGGUUCUUGUGGGUAUCCUUAUCUACUGGAGAAAGUGCUUCCAGACUGCCCACUUCUAUUUAGAGGAUAAUACAUCCCCCAGAGUAAUAUCUACACCACCAGCACCCAUCUUUCCAAUUUCAGAUGAUGUUGGAGCAAUUCCAAUAAAGCACUUUCCAAAGCAUGUUGCAGAUUUACAUGCAAGUAAUGGGUUUACCGAAGAAUUUGAGACACUGAAAGAGUUUUAUCAGGAAGUGCAGAGCUGUACUGUUGACUUAGGUAUCACAGCAGACAGCUCCAAUCACCCAGACAACAAGCACAAGAACAGAUAUGUGAACAUCGUUGCCUAUGAUCAUAGUAGGGUUAAGCUCACACAACUUGCUGAAAAAGAUGGAAAACUCACUGAUUACAUCAAUGCCAAUUACGUUGAUGGCUACAACAGACCAAAGGCUUACAUUGCUGCCCAGGGCCCUCUAAAAUCCACAGCAGAAGACUUCUGGAGAAUGAUAUGGGAGCAUAACGUGGAAGUUAUCGUUAUGAUAACAAACCUCGUGGAGAAAGGAAGAAGAAAAUGUGACCAGUACUGGCCUACUGAUGGUAGUGAAGAAUAUGGGAACUUUCUAGUCAAUCAGAAGAAUGUUCAAGUGCUUGCCUACUAUACUGUGAGGAAUUUUACUCUAAGAAACACAAAGAUUAAAAAGGGCUCCCAAAAAGGAAGAUCCAGUGGGCGCCUGGUCACACAGUACCACUACACUCAGUGGCCAGACAUGGGUGUUCCAGAAUACUCACUGCCUGUGCUCACCUUUGUGAGAAAGGCAGCCCAUGCCAAGCGUCACGCGGUGGGGCCCGUUGUCGUCCACUGCAGUGCUGGCGUGGGAAGAACAGGCACAUAUAUUGUGCUCGACAGCAUGUUGCAGCAAAUUCAACAUGAAGGAACUGUCAACAUAUUUGGCUUCUUAAAACAUAUUCGUUCGCAAAGAAAUUAUUUGGUGCAAACUGAGGAGCAGUAUGUCUUUAUUCAUGAUACACUGGUUGAAGCCAUACUCGGUAAGGAGACCGAGGUGCCAGACAGCCACAUUCACUCCUAUGUUAAUACGCUCCUCAUACCUGGACCAACAGGCAAAACGAAGCUAGAGAAACAAUUCCAGCUCCUGGGUCAGUCAAAUAUCCAGCAGAGCGACUAUUCUACAGCCCUGAAGCAAUGCAACAGGGAGAAGAACAGAACUUCCUCCAUCAUCCCUGUGGAAAGAUCAAGGGUGGGCAUUUCGUCCCUGAGUGGGGAAGGCACCGACUACAUCAAUGCAUCCUAUAUCAUGGGUUAUUAUCAGAGCAAUGAAUUCAUCAUUACCCAGCAUCCCCUUCUCCAUACCAUCAAGGACUUCUGGAGAAUGAUAUGGGAUCAUAAUGCCCAGUUGGUGGUUAUGAUUCCAGAUGGUCAAAAUAUGGCAGAAGAUGAAUUUGUUUACUGGCCAAAUAAAGAUGAGCCCAUAAACUGUGAGAGCUUCAAGGUCACUCUCAUGGCUGAAGAACACAAAUGCCUGUCUAAUGAGGAAAAGCUUAUAAUUCAAGACUUCAUUCUAGAAGCAACACAGGAUGAUUAUGUGCUGGAGGUGAGGCAUUUUCAGUGUCCCAAAUGGCCAAAUCCUGAUAGUCCCAUUAGUAAAACCUUUGAACUUAUAAGUAUUAUCAAAGAAGAAGCUGCCAACAGGGAUGGGCCCAUGAUUGUCCAUGAUGAGCACGGAGGAGUGACGGCAGGAACUUUCUGUGCUCUGACAACCCUUAUGCACCAACUAGAAAAAGAAAAUUCCAUGGAUGUUUAUCAAGUAGCCAAGAUGAUCAAUUUGAUGAGGCCAGGAGUCUUUACAGACAUUGAACAGUAUCAGUUUCUCUACAAAGUGGUCCUCAGUCUUGUCAGCACAAGGCAGGAAGAAAAUCCAUCCACCUCUCUAGACAGUAAUGGCGCAGCUUUGCCAGAUGGAAAUAUUGCUGAGAGCCUGGAGUCUUUAGUUUAACACAGAAAGUUUGGGGGGGCAGCCCCCAUCUAAGCGUUGUUCACCUCUUCCUAAAAUUAAAAGAAUGCAUACAGUUCUGUUAUCUGUUUACUUCCCCAUCAACUGACGGUAACUUUCAUUCUGCUGCCAAAUUUACACCAUUAACAACGUGUGCCUUUUUGAAAGACUUCUUGUAAUUCACUUGUGAUGUUUGAACUAAAAUGAUUGAAUUUUACAGUAUUUCUAAGAAUCGAAUUGUGGUAAAUUUUUUCCAUAUUGAUUUUAACAGAAAAUUUCAAUUUAUAGAUACUAGGAAUUCCCAAUCAUAGAAAAUGUUUCUUUUUAGUGUCAGAUUUUUAGCUGUAUUUGUACCAAUCAUCAGAUUUGCUAGAAAUAUAACUUUUAAUAUAGUAGACUCUAAAUAAACCACUUUGUUCCCAAUGAUAUUCAAUACUUAUAACUGCAGUAUUCAUCCAAAGUAGGCGUAAUCUGAUAACUUACUGUAAAUACUGCUCUUGUGUCUCCAUGGACCAAAUUUAUAUUUAUAAUUGUAGAUUUUUAUAUUUUACUACUGAGUGAGUUUUCUAGUUCUGUGUAAUUGUUUAGUUUAAUGAUGUGGCUUAUUCUCUGGUCUUACUCUGUAAGUCUUCUAACAUUGUAUUGUAUAAUCUAAGGAAUUAACUUUGUUUCAGCAUGUCAUUUUAACUUUUGUGGAAAAUAGAAAAAAAUUAUUUG